AACAUGGUCAUCAUGUGUGUGUGUAGUUAUGAUGUGAUUUUAGCCAGCGGUCCAGAGGAGCUGCUCAGGAAGUUUUCUCGUUUCUCUCAUCGCGUGGUUUUCUCCGCUGAGGGCUUCUGCUGGCCGGACCAGAGACUGGCAUCCAAAUACCCAGUAGUGCAUGACGGCAAACGCUACCUCAACUCUGGAGGUUUCAUCGGCUACGCUUCUGAGGUUCAUGCUGUAGUGAAACAGUGGAAAUACAAGGACGAUGAUGACGACCAGCUGUUCUACACGCGCAUCUACCUGAAUAAAGAGCAGAGGAGGAAGUUCAGCAUCACACUGGACCACAAAUCCCACAUUUUUCAGAAUCUCAAUGGAGCCAUUGAGGAAGUGGUCCUGAAGUUUGAGAAAUCCAGAGUCAGAGCUCGGAACGUGGCCUAUGACACACUUCCUGUCGUUAUCCAUGGCAACGGCCCGACUAAGCUCCAGCUGAAUUAUCUGGGUAACUACGUGCCGACGGCGUGGACGUACGAACACGGAUGUGGGAUCUGUGACGAUGAUUUGCUGGACCUGAACGGUCUGUCUGACGAGGAGAUGCCGCUGGUGCAUAUCGCUGUGUUUAUCGAGCAGCCAACGCCAUUUCUGGAAGAAUUUCUGGAGAGACUCGCAACUUUGAACUACCCACACACACGCUUACGACUCUUCAUACACAACAACCUGUCCUCCAGAGGUUUGUGGAACGUUCCCUACAUCACUCAGGUCUAUCUGAUCCGCGGAGAGACUCUGCGCUCGCGUCUGGCCCCCGUUUCUCUCUACCAGCAGGAGGGCAUGGAUCCAGACAUGAGCUUCUGCACGAGCGUCCGCGAGCAGGGCAUCUUCAUGUUCGUGUCCAACAGGGAUGAGUUCGGCCGUCUCAUCUCCUCCACCAAUUACAACAUCAGCCGUCUUCAUCCGGACAUGUGGCAGAUAUUCGACAACCCAGUGGACUGGAGAGAGAAAUACAUCCAUGAGAAUUACUCCAAGAUUUUUGAUGACGAUGAGAACCUCGUUGAGCAGCCCUGUCCAGACGUCUACUGGUUUCCAGCGUUCUCUGAGAGAAUGUGUGAUGAGCUUGUGGAGACCAUGGAGGAUUUCGGUGGAUGGUCUGGAGGAAGACACAACGCUUUACGGAGUUAA